AGGUACAUCAAUGACUUGUGUCCGUUAUGGCGAUGAAUAUAUUUUUAUUACUGCUCGCUAUGCUACUUUUCAAAUGAUGAAUGUAUUUUUCAAACUUGUAUUCGUGUGUUUUUUAAGUUACUAUGUAGUAAAAAAGGGAAAAUUUUCCAGGGCCAGGGCUCUACUACGCAAACCGCUUCCAAACUACGAUAAGAGUUUGCCAACUCGUCUAAGUACCUUCACUUCAAAAUGUGCUCCAGCAUGCCUGUUAAUUUUUGUUUGACAGUUAAUUUUUAUGUAAAAAAGCUGCGAAUUAGGUUUGAAGUUAGUCUCUUUUCCAUUUCUGCCUCUUUUCCGGAAGAGAACCCUCAUAUCAAUGAUAUAGAAGCGCCGAAGGCGCUAGAUGUCUAACUCACAGGUACACUGUGAGGCAAAUUUGUUUACUUCCGCCAUUUUUAAUAGUGGCAAAAAGGAACUUGCUCCAUACUGAACCCUUAUAAAUUUGGUACAAGUAAGGAUUGAUUCCGUUCACUUCUCUUUCGAAUAUCUAUAUGAAAUUUGGUGAGUGGCCUUACAUUGGACUUACGGAUUUGUAUGAAUUGUAUGAUUACUAUGAAUUGAUGUUAAUAUUGGAAAAAUAAGCCGUCAUUCGCAAAUUCCAAGCAUUUACAGUCGUGGUGCUUGCUGCGGUGUUUUAGGUCACGUCGAAAUUCCAGAAAAUAAUGGUUGAUCUGUUUUAAAACGGAUCCAGCAACAAUGUUUAGCCGAUCGUCUAGUUCUGAAUCUGAGGUUAAAAAUUUUGUACAAAAGAAUUUGAAGAUUUUUUCAAAACGAGGCCGUAAGUCGAAUUGGUCUAUCAUUUCCUUGUCAAGUGAAGUCGCUUCGCAAAGGAAUCUUCUACUUUCUUGGAGUACGGUGUUGAGACAUAUUCUUUCGAAAAGAGCAAUCUCAGAGGCUGUAUCCGACAGAUGGAUUCUAAUUUUGCAAGCAGAGCCUUCAGUCAUAUCAGACGAAGUUUUACAAGAGGCCAUCAAUCAACGGAACAUAACGAACAUGAACCUACCAAUACAAAUGAAGAUGUUAAACUGGAUUUCACAACAAAUGAUGUUGACAGGGAUUAUAAUGUGGCUACCUUGGCGAAAGGAAGUGUCAGUGAAAUUAAAAUCCAUAUAAAGGACAUUGGUUUGCUUACACAACAUUUACAAAACAAGACAUCUUUGGUACGGCUUAAAAUAAGGCCGAAUGGAGUGGCUGAAGAAGACGACGAAUUAGAAGACAGAAGAUCUCCUCAGAGUUUUGAAAAGAUCUCCUACGAUUGUGAACAGUUUAUUGAAAUUUUGGGGAAGUUUCAAAACCUUGAAUACUUACACUUUGACAAUGAUGAUAAUGUUUCCACUGGGUUAUUGGAAAAUAUUGAACCUCUACAAAAGUUGCAAACACUAAUUCUGCAAAACUGUGGGAUAUCCAGCGUGAGCAACAAGCUCAGUCCGAUACUACGGUUUCUAGAGUUUAGUUCUAACAAGUUGAGUCAGUUUCCAAAGGAAGUUCUUUUCCUAGAGUGCCUAGAGACACUUGAUCUAUCAAACAAUUGUAUUUCAAAUUUACCCAAAGACAUAGACAAACUUAAAAAUCUAGAGAAAUUAGUUAUGUCAAAUAAUAUAUUAUCAGAGCUUCCAGAAUCAAUUUUGAAUUUGAAGUCAUUACACAAAUUGUAUCUCUCCUUUAAUGAAAUUAAAAGCUUGCCAUUUCAAAUCGGUAAGAUGUGCAAUAUGACACAUCUGGAACUCAGGGGAAACAGACUCACUUCUCUACCUGCAAGUAUUGGUGAACUUUAUCAACUAAAGAAAUUGAACUUAUGUGACAACAGAAUAACUGCCCUACCAAAAGAACUGUGUAAACUUGAUGUACAUGAUGAUGCCUUGCUGCUAGCAGGGAAUCCUCUUCACCAUCCUCCAGCUGAAAUUUGUGCAAAUGGUAAAAAAUCAAUUAAAGAUUUCUUUGAAGCACUUCAUGAUUCCAAAGGAAAGCUAUGUAGGAGGCUCAAAGCUGUUCUAAUUGGCGAAUCAUUUGCAGGGAAAACAAGUCUUGUUCAUGCGCUUGUUUAUGGUCAGGAUGGGAACAUUCAGCCUGAUGAUCGUACUGUGGGUCUUGACUAUUAUACCUGGAAGCUGAAACCUCUUGAAGAUCCUAUAGAAGUUCUCCUUGUGGACUGUGCAGGGCAAAGGCAGUAUUUGUUGACACACCAGUUUUUCUUUGCACAGGGAGUCCUUUUUAUUCUCUGUGUGGAUUUGUCAGAGUACAAAGAUGAAUCAAAUCACAAUACAAUGGUUGGUGACUGGAUUAAUCUAGUAAUAAGUCAGGUGCCAGGAGCUACAAUUCUUAUUGUUCCGACACAUCUUGACAUUUGCAAAAGAAAAGGCAUUGACUAUAUGGCAAGAUGUGAGAGUUUAUUGCAAAAGCUUAGGAAUGAAGAGACGGAGAGAAUCCAGGUGUUAGAGAAUGAAAUGAAGUUGAUCAGGUUUAAUGAAAAUCUGAAAGAAAAGUUGGAAAAGCUCAGUCAUCUUAAGCAAACAAGGCCAAAACUGUCCUUGCUUCUCAUUUCUACAUUAGAGGACCACGAAACUCAAAAUUUUGACGAUGAAAAGAUGGCAUUGGUACCUGUUUGUUGUAAAAAAGACCUUGAUGGUGUCGCUAUUCUGCGUAAAGAAAUAGAGCGCAUUGCAGAAAACAAGGUACUAUGUCCAAUUGUUUCGAAAGAUGUUCCAGAAAACUGGCUAUCCUUGGAAGAAAAGGUUUUAUCGCUUAAACAUGGAGCAACCAAUUUUAUGCCAGUGAAGACAUUGUUGGAAACCUGUGCUGAGUCAUGUAACCUUACUGAGAGUUCCUUUUAUUUGGCCCUUAGCUAUUUCAAUGAUAUUGGUCUAAUUUGCUACUUCCAGAAAGUAAGGCUAGCCAAGCAUCUGGUAUUUCUUAACCCAGAAUGGUUGGUUGAGUUGCUUCAAAUGUUAUUCAGAAUUGAUCACUCGACGACACUGAACUACAAUAACGAAAUCCAAAAGGAAGUUCGUAUUUCCAAUGAUCUCUUCCAACAGGACAAGGAGCUGUUUUUGGAAAAGGGUCUUUUAUCACAAACUCUUUUGAGAUGCAUCUGGCUUCCAAAAGUAAAAGGUGUUGAAGACAGUGACUUUUUAUCGAAAGUUGUCGAUGUGUUUCAACAUUUUGGUAUUAUUUGUCAACUUAAGGAGAGUAUUUCCUCAGAUGAUAUAACAUAUUUUAUUCCUUGGUUUGUCGCUGAAGAGGAACCAAAAGAUGCUAAAGACUUGUGGAUGAAGCAUGACAUUGAAGAGAAUAGUGACGUUGUCACCCGUGUCGACAUUGGUGUUGGGCGGCUACCUACAAGUGUUUCAGACCGGCUUUUAGUCUCCGCUCAGAGUUGUGCCUGUCUUUGCAUUCCAUGGAAGAGCGGAUUUUUGAUUAUUCAUCAACACUAUAAGUUCCGUUGUCAAAUUAAUAACGGGAGAUUGAACAGCUCAGUGACUCUACAUGGCAAGUCUAAACAUGGCUAUGUGAGGGACGUUUGGAAGCUUGUGCUAUUUAUAACAGAGAAACUCUAUUCCCUGGUUAGUGAGUGGAAUGGCAUGGUUCUGUACAAUUGGUACAGUAUCUGCCCAUGUUGUGUACGCAAGAGUAAACCAAAACCUUUCAUCUUUCGCAAAACGACUGCACCUUGCCCUGAAAGCAUCGCAUGUCACAAAUGUAACGAAUUUGUGAAUUCGAUCCAGAUUCAGCCCCCGCUAGAUCUGCUAGAGGUGGAUGCUGAUGCUCCAGACUCUAGACAAAGAAAGACAGAGCCGCUAACCGAUUUGGAGAUAUCAGAUGUUGCUUCAAUGAUUGGUGUUGCACACACAAGACUUGCCAAACUUCUUGGUUUGAGUGAAAACGAGGUCCAAGUUAUUCAAGCGGAUUAUCAUACCGUUUACGAACAAGCUGUUAAGAUUCUACACAAAUGGAAGCGUGAUAGAGGUGGAGCGAAUCGUUCAGAUCUAUUAUCUGCAAUCAAGAGGCUUGAAAAUCCUGAUCAAAAGCUCAUAACCUUUUUAGAAACAGGAAUUAAAUAAAACAAUCUCGAUAAACAAACAAUAUUUGAUUGCAUAUAGUAAGUAUACAAACUUAAUCAACUAGUUGUUCAAUUUUUUUAGGUUUUGUAACUAAUUGUAGCUUUACUAAAUAAAACAACGUUGUAAAUUGAUUAAGCUUUAUUACUCAGAGAUGAAAGUAUCUACAGCCAUGACCCCCUAGGGGUGGUGGAAGGGGAGAGGUGUAAAUUACCCCCAAGGCUUCGAGGUCUAGGGGCCUCAGAGUAAAAUAUUCCAUUUUCAAAAUUGAUUUUAUCAAAUGUAACAACAGUAUGCCUAAAUAUGCCAAAUUGUUUAAAUGCUGAGAUUUUUCGUCAUCUGAUUGCUGCCGCUUCCGAGAAGAAGGACCACGAGGACGUCUUGUAAAAUAUCGUUUUUACCAAUAUCGUUUUUAUUUCCGCCAAUAUACAGCAGAAAAGAUUUAAAGAAUCAAGAUGUAAUUAUUUGUUGGCCGUUUUAUACUCAUCGCAA